GAGAACUGCACUCAGCGCUCGCCACCGCCCAGCCUCUCCUCGAGUCCCUCCACUCUCCUCACAGAGCAACCGGGGCGAGAGGUGGUCCAGAGCCCGAGUGUGGAAAGAGCGAAUCUUUCUGGCUUUUCUCCUGUCUUGCUUCUUCCCCGCUUCUGCUUCCCACUUCUGUGCCAGCGAGUGUGUGAGCCAUGCAGCGAGGAGCCUGGACUCUGCAGUGCACUGCUUUCGCUCUCUUUUGCGCUUGGUGUGCACUGAACAGUGUAAAAGCGAAGAGGCAGUUUGUGAACGAAUGGGCAGCGGAGAUCCCCGGGGGACCAGAGGCAGCCUCGGCCAUAGCUGAAGAGCUGGGCUAUGACCUUUUGGGACAGAUCGGAUCACUCGAAAAUCAUUACCUCUUCAGACAUAAAAACCACCCCCGGCGGUCUCGAAGGAGUGCCCUUCAUAUCACUAAGAGAUUAUCUGAUGAUGAUCGUGUUAUAUGGGCUGAACAACAGUAUGGAAAGGAGAGAAGUAAACGUUCAGUUCGGAGAGACUCAGCAGUAAAUCUCUUCAAUGACCCGAUGUGGAAUCAGCAGUGGUACCUGCAAGAUACUAGGAUGACUGCAUCCCUGCCCAAGCUGGAUCUCCAUGUGAUACCUGUUUGGCAAAAAGGCAUCACUGGCAAAGGAGUUGUUAUCACUGUACUGGAUGAUGGCUUGGAGUGGAAUCACACAGACAUCUAUGACAAUUAUGAUCCAGAGGCUAGCUAUGAUUUUAAUGAUAAUGACCAUGAUCCAUUUCCCCGAUAUGAUCCCACAAAUGAGAACAAACACGGGACCAGAUGUGCAGGAGAAAUUGCCAUGCAAGCAAAUAAUCACAAGUGUGGGGUCGGAGUUGCAUAUGAUUCCAAAGUCGGAGGAAUAAGAAUGCUGGAUGGCAUUGUGACCGAUGCUAUUGAAGCCAGUUCAAUUGGAUUCAAUCCUGGGCAUGUGGACAUUUACAGUGCGAGCUGGGGCCCGAAUGACGAUGGGAAAACUGUGGAGGGGCCUGGUCGGCUAGCCCAGAAGGCGUUUGAAUAUGGUGUUAAACAGGGGAGACAAGGAAAGGGCUCCAUCUUCGUCUGGGCAUCUGGGAACGGGGGGCGUCAGGGAGAUAACUGUGACUGCGAUGGGUACACAGACAGCAUCUACACCAUCUCCAUCAGCAGCGCCUCGCAGCAGGGCCUGUCCCCCUGGUACGCCGAGAAGUGCUCCUCCACGCUGGCCACCUCGUACAGCAGCGGGGAUUACACCGACCAGCGAAUCACGAGUGCUGACCUGCACAAUGACUGUACAUGGACCCACACGGGCACCUCGGCCUCGGCACCCCUGGCUGCUGGCAUCUUCGCUCUGGCCCUGGAAGCAAAUCCAAAUCUAACCUGGCGAGAUAUGCAGCACUUGGUUGUCUGGACCUCUGAGUAUGACCCACUGGCCAAUAACCCUGGAUGGAAAAAGAAUGGCGCAGGCUUGAUGGUGAACAGUCGGUUUGGAUUCGGGCUGCUAAAUGCCAAAGCUCUAGUGGACUUAGCUGAUCCGAGAACCUGGAAGAGUGUGCCCGAGAAGAAAGAGUGUGUGAUAAAGGACAAUGACUUUGAGCCCAGAGCCCUGAAAGCUAAUGCAGAAGUUAUCAUUGAAAUUCCAACAAGAGCUUGUGAGGGACAGGAAAAUGCUAUCACGUCCCUGGAACAUGUACAAUUUGAAGCAACAAUUGAAUAUUCCCGAAGAGGAGACCUUCAUGUCACACUCACUUCUGCUGCUGGAACCGACACUGUUCUGUUAGCUGAAAGAGAGCGGGAUACAUCUCCUAAUGGCUUUAAAAAUUGGGACUUCAUGUCUGUUCACACAUGGGGAGAGAACCCGAUAGGCACCUGGACUUUGCGAAUUGCAGACAUGUCUGGAAGAAUGCAAAAUGAAGGGAGAAUUGUGAACUGGAAGCUGAUUUUGCAUGGGACCUCCUCUCAGCCAGAACACAUGAAACAGCCCCGUGUGUACACAUCCUACAACACCGUGCAGAAUGACAGAAGAGGGGUGGAGAAGGUGGUGGACUCAGGGGAGGAGCAGCCCACAGAAGGGAACCUGAAUGAGAAGCCCCUGACUGCAAAAAGCCUCAGCAGCGGCAGUGUGAGAAACAGAAAGGAGGAGCAGGUGCAGGGAGACCCAUCCGAGGCCAUGCUGCGGCUCCUGCAAAGCGCUUUCAGCAAAAACUCACCACCGAAGCAAUCACCAAAGAAGUCUCCAAGUGCCAAGCCCAACAUCCCUUACGAAAAUUUCUACGAAGCCCUGGAAAAGCUGAACAAGCCUUCCCACCUUAAAGACACUGAGGACAGCCUGUAUAACGACUAUGUCGAUGUUUUCUAUAACACCAAAUCCUACAAGCACAGAGAUGACCGGCUGCUGCAAGCUCUGGUGGACAUUCUGAGGGAGGAGAACUAA